AUGGCUACUCAUGCGAACAUCGAGUAUUCGACUAAACGUCCCAAGGAACAGGACUUGAACUACACUAUGGUCCAAGCCUUUGAAUGGUACAGUCCAGGUGGCGGUGUUCACUGGAAUACGCUCAAGGAUCGUGUCCAAGAGCUGUCAGACAUGGGGGUCACCGCCAUGUGGCUGCCACCCCCUACCAAGGCAUCUAGCCAGAACUCAGUGGGAUAUGACAUAUACGAUGUAUGGGACCUCGGCGAAUUUGACCAAAAGGGCGGAAAACGAACCAAUUAUGGCACUAAGGAAGAGCUCGUGGAUCUUGUGCGAUAUGCACAUGAGAAUGGGAUCGUCGGGUAUGUCGAUGCCGUCCUCAACCAUAAAUUUGGUGCAGACCGUACCGAACGUUUCCGUGCAACUGAGGUCGACCCAAAUGAUCGUACACGCGACAUUACAGACAAGUACGACAUUGAGGCAAGUGGAUGGACCGCCUUUGAUUUCCCUGGACGUAACGGCAAAUACAGUCAACUCAAGUGGACGUUUAACCACUUCACAGGUGUUGACUAUAAUAAUGACGGUGGUAAGAAAGCGAUCUUCCGAAUUGACGGCGAUGGGAAGAACUGGGCCCAGGGAGUCGAUCAUGAGAAUAGGAACUAUGACUAUCUAAUGGGCGCUGACAUUGAUCAUCGUCAUCCUGAGGCCCAUGACGACCUACUUGCCUGGGGAAAAUGGGUUAUCGAUGAGAUUGGAGCUGCUGGGUUCCGUUUCGACGCAAUCAAGCAUAUCGAUGAUGUGUUCAUCGCUGAAUUUGUCAAACAUGUGCGAGCUGAAACCCACAAAUCGUCCAUGUUCGCGGUUGGAGAAUUCUGGAAGGACAGCCUUGAAGACAUCAACAACUACCUGAAUAAACUUGGGACACAGUUUAGUGUUUUUGAUGCACCACUUCAUUAUAACUUCAAGGAGGCAAGCGAAGCUGGGAACAAUUUUGACCUGCGUGAGAUCUUCAGUGGUACCUUAGUCAAGAGCCGCCCUAUGGAUGCAGUUACCCUUGUGGACAAUCACGAUACACAGAUAGGUCAAGCCCUAGAGUCCUGGGUAUCUCCGUGGUUCAAACCGCUUGCGUACGCGCUCAUCUUGCUCCGCGGAGAUGGCUACCCAUGUGUAUUCUGGGGAGACCUUUAUGGUUGCGGCGGAGACAACCCACAACCGCCGGUCAACCAACUCGCGGAUAUUAUCCGUGCUCGCAAGCUUUUUAGUUACGGAGAGACGCGAGAUGUUUGGGACCAUGCUAAUUGUGUUGGAUGGGUUCGCGCCGGUGACGAACACCAUGAUGGUUGUGCAGUAGUGAUUUGCAAUGGCGACGAAGGCGCUAAAUUCCUUGACGUCGGAAAAGAUCAUGCGGGCGAAAAGUGGACGGACUUGUUGAAUUGGCACGACGGCGAAGUAACUAUCGGAGAAGAAGGCUGGGCAGAAUUCCGCUGUCCGGCUCGUUCCAUAAGCAUAUGGACCAAGAGUGAUGCCCGUGGUCGGGAAGAAUUCAAGAAGGACUAA